GGCGCUGGCUCCGCGGCAGGGGCAGCCCGGCCAUGGAGCACCGCCUUGUGGGGCCUGGGCCGUACCGGGCCACUAAGCUGUGGAAUGAAACCGUGGAGCUGUUUCGGACCAGGAUGCCCUUACGGCGACACCGCUGCCGGUUCAAGAGCUAUGAGCGGUGCUUCACCGCAGGGGAGGCCGUGGACUGGCUGCAUGAGCUGCUGCGGCGCAGUCAGAACUUUGGCCCAGAGGUGACUCGGAAACAAACAGUCCAGCUGCUGAAAAAAUUCCUGAAGAAUCACGUUAUUGAAGACAUCAAGGGAAAAUGGGGUCAGGAAGAUUUUGAAGACAACCGUCACUUAUACAGAUUUCCUCCUUCCUCACCCUUGAAGCCUUAUCCAAAGAAGCCCCCACGCCAAAGGGAUGUUAUUAAAUUCCCAGACUGGAGCGAUUCUCCACCAGGCACUUUACAAGAGAACAUCCCAGUGAGGCCAGUUGUGAUGAAUUCCGAGAUGUGGUUCAAGCGUCACAGCAUUGCCAUCGGCGAGGUGCCAGCCUGCCGCCUGGUCCACCGCAGUCAGCUGACGGAGGCCCACGUGGAAGAGAUAUGGAAGUCCAUGACCUUAUCGUAUUUACAGAAAAUCCUUGGCCUGGAUUCCUUAGAGGAAGUCUUAGACAGCAAGCUCAUCAACCCCAAGUUCAUCAUCUACAAUGUCUACAGCGUCAGCAAGCAGGGCGUUGUCAUCCUGGACGACAAGUCCAAAGAACUUCCUCAUUGGGUACUGUCAGCUAUGAAGUGUUUGGCAAAUUGGCCCAACUGUUCAGAUUUGAAGCAGCCGAUGUACUUGGGAUUUGAAAAAGAUGUGUUUAAAACGAUAGCAGAUUAUUACAGUCACUUGAGAGAGCCGCUGCUUACAUUUCACCUUUUUGACGCCUUCGUCAGCGUAUUAGGUUUGUUACAGAAAGAGAAAAUGGCAGUUGAAGCAUUUCAGAUUUGUUGUCUCCUCCUGCCUCCUGAGAAUAGGAGAAAGUUGCAGCUGCUAAUGAGGAUGAUGGCAAGGAUCUGCUUAAACAAGGAAAUGCCACCGCUCUGUGAUGGUUUUGGCACUCGGACGCUGAUGGUCCAGACCUUUUCCCACUGCAUCUUGUGCUCCAAGGACGAGGUAGACUUGGAUGAGUUAUUAGCUGCUCGCUUGGUGACGUUUUUGAUGGACAAUUACCAGGAGAUUCUGAACGUCCCUGUGGCCUUGCAGACAUCUAUAGAAGAGCGUGUGGCUCAUCUACGAAGAGUCCAGAUAAAAUACCCGGGAGCUGAUAUGGACAUCACUUUGUCUGCUCCUUCAUUUUGCCGUCAGAUUAGUCCUGAGGAGUUUGAAUACCAGAGAACACACGGCUCGCAGGAGCCUCUGGCGGCCUUGCUGGAGGAAGUUAUAGCAGACACCAAGCUCUCCAGUAAAGAGAAGAAGAAAAAACUGAAGCAGUUUCAGAAAUCGUAUCCCGAAGUCUACCAAGAGCGAUUCCCUACACCAGAAAGUGAAGCACUUCUGUUUUCUGAAAAACCCAAACCCAAACCACAGCUGUUCACGUGGGUACUGAGAAACCCUUUCCAGCCAUUUCAAAGAACUCGAAGUUUUCGCAUGUGAGACCUCUACUGCGGCAGAGCUUAGAGACCUCCGUGGUGAUGUUGUUGUGAGUGAAGAGUGGUAGAAGAAAAGCAUACAAUGCAGACCACUGGAAUGCAGACGCUGAUGAUCUGACUUUUUAAAAUAUUGAGCCACUGUCAGUAUUUUUGUAAGACUGAUUUUUAAAAUUACACAGAUCAGUAAUACAUUGAGUCAAAUACACUGUGGUAAUGUU